GUAAGUUUUUGUACUCCGAUUCAGUCUACGAAGUACCCUCAACCUAUCGAUAUCGUGUCCCCUGUCAGUCGCGUCUCCGGAGUUUGAUCUCUUUCUUCCGUUCCUUUGACCGUAGCAGCCAACGAUUGGUUCAGCACAAGAACAAUACAUCCUCUGUCAAAACUGAUCACUCUCUCGUCGGUCGGAUCAAGAUGUCCUGCAUUACCCUUCUGUAGCUAUGCAGAGUCCUGCAGGUUCCCGCGUGUUGACCACUUGGAUACGGUGGAUUCCAGCGAAGGAAGCGGUAUUCUUCGGUAAAAAGUUCCGGAAUAAAGUGUAACAGAGGGAUGCCGGUCCAGCUUGAGUUCGCUGUCGUCAAAGUUUUGGAGAUAUCAAAGUGCAGCGAAAGUGUGACUAAUGUCAUGAAAAACAAGUGCUACUUAUUAUGAUACGAAUGUGUGAAUGCUAUUGUAUAAAGGCGAUUUUCGCAUUACUGGAGGCUUUUUUAAAAUAAGAAAUGUUUAGUAAGCUGGCUUAUACGUUGUAGUAUUUUUGUUGUUGUAUCUGUGAAGUUUGUUCUAUUUGCUCAAAUUUCUUUUUUACAUACUGGAUCGUCAUAGGAUCAACGACUGCAACCAUAACAACGGUAACGACCCUCAGGAAGGAGGAGCUAUGUAUAUAUCAUGUGAGAGUGCCGGUAGUACAACUUCCAUGGAGCCGGAAACAGGAUAUGUUCCGAACAAUCCCCUGUUCGGAGUGCCCCUUGACAGUCCGCAGGAAUGUCCAUCUUCUUGCGGUGGAAGCGGCUGUUCUAGCUGCCAGGAGAACACAUCUCUUCCAUUGUCAGGGCUACCCGGAUCAGAUUUCGUCGAUUGCGGAAACUGUCUCGACCACAACGGUGCGCUCAGCUCACAAACAAACCUAGGUAAUUACUGGAGCGAAGACAUGAGCUCAUUCCCGGGACUGCCACCGUUGGAUAUCGAUCCACUACCUAGCCUGUUUCCGUUUUCCAUUUUCAUUAUUUUUCGAUUUUCCAGCAGACAAGAACGUCCAACUCACGACGUCGCGGAUGUGCUGCUGUCCCUCAAGCAUGCCGUUCUGAAGCAAAGCCCGGAUCCGCAGCAAAUGCAAGCUCCAUCGCCGGGGUUUGCUCCUCCACAGGCCUCACUGUCGUACACGGUGCAUCCGCAGGUGCUUCUCUCGCCCGUUAGCCAUCAUAAUCACAAUUCGCACUACAGUCAAGCUCAAUCUCAGAGUGGAUCGUAUCCCUCAAACUACUACGAAUCGUCCUGUGCACAACAUCCAGCGCCAAUCUAUCCGAGCAUGAGUGUGAACGUUAGCAUGAACAUGACCAUGCACGGUUACGGCGCGGACGGAACGAUGCCUAUGCAGUGUCCCCAGGUUCAGUGGGGUCAUCAGACACCAUCGUCUUCGGUAAAUGUACUCUACCCGCCGUUGCUUAGUCCGGUACCGUAUCCGACCGGUGCUACCUACUCAUUCACGGCGGAUUUCAGGCCACAAAAUCAAACGCAGAAUCUCUCUCCUGUAUUGGAAUCAUCAAAAAAUUCCAACCUGCAGUCCCAUCAUCAAAAGCCAUACUAUCAGCAGGGUGCUGACUACUCCCCACCAAAGAGCCCUCAAGAAUUCGAACAAACUGAUUUUCAUCUCAAAAUGAAGACAGAGAAAUCUGUUGGAAUAAAUUUCGAAGACGAAGACGGAAGUGGCAGUGACGGCCAAAACGGAGACAACAAACCCAAUCUUUGUAGGUUGUGUGGAAAAACAUACGCUCGACCGAGUACACUUAAAACGCACCUCCGAACGCACUCCGGAGAACGACCCUAUCGAUGUUCGGACUGUAGUAAGAGUUUCAGUCAGGCAGCUAACUUGGCCGCCCACAUCCGAACCCAUACGGGACAAAAGCCGUUCCGAUGUCCCAUUUGCGACAGAAGAUUUUCACAGAGUUCCAGUGUGACGACGCACAUGCGCACCCACUCAGGCGAACGUCCUUAUCGUUGUAGGGCCUGUAAGAAGGCCUUUAGCGAUAGUUCAACCCUCACAAAACAUCUGAGGAUACACAGUGGGGAAAAACCUUAUCAGUGCAAGCUGUGUUUGCUAAGAUUCUCCCAAUCCGGUAACUUGAACCGACACAUGCGCGUACAUGGCACCAAUGGUCAAGCGCUGGUGACAUGACAGCAGCAAAAACAAACGCAGCAACCGCUCCAUCCGCCAGGGAUCUUCGCCCAUCCGUACGCUCAAUCGCAGAACACUCUUAACCACUACAGUUGCACAUCAUCUACGUUGACGACCGUUGCAGAGUCUGCUGUGACAACGGCAGGACAAGCGGCGGGUUCCAGCUAUGCCGGCAGUUCAAGUUUGUUUCCACCUGCUACUGCGACUAGUAUCGGCAAUGGUCCAUAUAAUAGCUUCAACUUUAAAUCGUUCCCACCGCCGCCAUCCCACCACAUGUCCUACUUCGAGGAGUAUCACCAUUAUCAACAGCAGCGCAACAAGUACGAUGAUAUUAACCUGUUUAGGAGCAAUUUUGUAAAUAUAGUUUAAGCUCUACCGUUUCCUCUCACCAUGUGAGCAUCAAUCAUUCCAUUCGCAGAACGUUUUCUAGCAGCUCUGAUUAUUGAAUAUUUGUCAGCCGGCCCUAAUCGUAAAUUCUAGUCAACUAUUGCCAAGUUUAACGAUACAAAAUACACUCACAAAAAAUGCAUUACGAAUGAAAGAAUACAAACUUGAAUCAUCGACGAAACAGAAUUUCAUAGCUUAAAUACACAACUAAUUGUUAUCUGUAUGUUUCCAUUUAAUGCAUGUAGAUGGCAGGAAUAAUGGAAUGAUUGUGUGAGAUUCAUGCCAUCUUAACGGAAAUAAAACUGAUAUUUCACAAACUUCA